AUGCAUGUUCUCCACGGAUUCAGUCAAAGACGAAAGUCGUCUCGUCCUCGUGACCUUCACAUCAGAAAGGUCUCUUUCUCAGGAUCUUCUCUCUCAUCCGGCUGCUCUCUAUCAUCAUCCUCAUCAUCCACAAUCUCCGCCCUCUCAACACCAGCUGCCAGGACGCCUACCGCCUCAAGACCUGAAAUGGACCCUCUCGCCUCACACCCCGCCUUCCACGCACCACCAAGAUUAUACGAACGACCUUUCAAGCGCAUGGACAACCACGAGCCGGUAUUCUACGGUACCGAGGAGGCAGUUAUCGACGAGGAGGAGUUUGUCGAGCAGGAUGUCGCUGCUCAGCAGCCAACAGAGAUGGCUCUGCCUCCUCAUGCAAGCCCAAUGGAUGCUGCCGACGAGCAAAGCAACGAGCCCAAGGACUACUUCUUCACCACAUUAUCAGCACGACCACCGAUGCCCAAGUCUCGUUGGUCCGAAUCUACUAUCCAGAGCAUCCAAACCUUUGACGACGAGGAAGAGGAUGACUCCGAAGUCACACAGUCUGAAGACUCUGAAGAUGAGGGUGACAAUGUCUCAGUCCUCGAGAUGCGUCGUCUCUCUCGCCAUGCCUCAGCACUAAAGCCUGCCUCUAUCAACGCUACUUAUACUGCCCGACCUGGUCUCGCACCCAAGCGACCUCCUAUGCGAUCCCUUGACAGCGUCGACAACUUUAUCCGGCGCGGAGGAUGGAAGCGUCGCGGCAUUGUCUUUCACAAGGAAGACCUCGAGAACGCCCGAUCUGAGCUGGACCGCAACAGCUUCUAA